AUGCAGGACCCGGCCAACGCUGGCAGUGAGGAUAUAGCGGCUGCGCUUCUGUCUGCAUUACACAAGGCUGCCAAGACCGCCAAGGCUCAGUUCGGCUGUUCCCACACCCCACCUCACCACUGGUGCGAACAACCCCGCGUCUGCCGCCGUUACUGUGCGGCACUGUGCAUCGGGCGCCGAGAGAUGCAAAUCAUGGAGAUGAGGUGUGACAUUUUUGGCUUCACGCCUGAGGCCGACGCCACAUCGGAGCAGAAACCGCCCCACACGGUAGCGAGCCGCACGUCACCACCUGCAGACCUCAUGCAAGCACUUGAGGCAGCUUGA